AGCCCAGCCUGUGAACAGAAAAAAUAUUGCCAUCGGUAAGAUACAGGGAAGAUAUUCUAGGCCGAGAGUAUCUUUCCUGUAAUCUUUCCGGUGGUGGUUUUCCCCACGUCGGCAACGGUAAUAUAUUUUCUCUGUUAAGAAAGAGAAAUAGAAAAUUGGUAGUUUUUCAUUUUGGUGAUCGGUGUUUCUCUUAGAUUUGCGAAAGAUUACAACUGCAGCAAAAAGUCCAUGUGAACAGAAAAAAUAUUACCGUUGCCGACGGGCAGAAAAUCGCCAUCGGUAAGAUACAGGGAAGAUAUUCCCGGCCGAGAGUAUCUUUCCUGUAAUCUUUCCGAUGGUGAUUUUCCCCCCGUCGGCAACGGUAAUAUAUUUUCUUUCUGUUAAGAAAGAGAAAUAGAAAGUUAGUAGUUUUUCGUUUUAGUGAUCGGUGUUUCUCUUAGACUUGCGAAAGAUUACAACUGCAGCUAGCACUCCUGCCUAUAAAAAAUUUCUCUGGCUUUCCCUUGUUACAUUUUUUUCUUCUUUCCUUCCACGGGAGUACCAGUAAAGAGUAUUGACUACCUGUUAGUUUUGUUGAAACGAUUGGAAACUGCGAUUGAACAACAGAAGUUCUUGUUUAACAAUUAAACCAAAGAUUUCAUCUGAAGAUGGCGCAGUCAAAGCUUGGUUCAGAGUCUAUAGAGUGUCGAAAGGCCCGGAAAACGUUUACGAAGAGAAUGCAGGGUCUAAAGAAGAAAAUGCAUGAGCUCACCACACUCUGCGAUGUCGAGGGUUUCAUAAUUUGCUUCGAUGGCCUUGAACAGAGCAACGAAGGCAGUGCCAUAGAGCCUAUUAUAUGGCCAGAGAAUCGUGAGAAAGUGUUGGACCUUAUAAACCGGUAUAGAAAUCUCGAAUCCAACACUCAGUCGAGGAAGCGGAAGUGGAGCUCAUUGGACUUUUUGGAGGAGGAGAAGAAGAAUCUGCAAGAUGGUAUAACUAAACAGAAGGGAAAGACUUCGAAAUUCCCGUCAAUGGAGGAGAAUGGGAUUGAUGGUUUUUCAGUGGAGCAGUUGAUGGAGAUGGGAAAAAUGUUGGACUUACAACUGGAAAUGGUGAAAGAAAGACAGGAGAUUCUGAAGGAAAAGCAAGGGAAAGAGUUGGAAGAAAGGGGGCAGAUAGAAUGCUUCAACCCUGAACUGUAUCCGAACUAUGACAUUGUUCUACAGGGUCCAGUGUCUCAAGCUCAAUCUCUUGAUCAGAUAGAAUGCUUCAACCCUGAACUGUAUCCGAACUAUGACAUUGUUCUACAGGGUCCAGUGUCUCAAGCUCAAUCUCUUGAUCAGAUAGAAUGCUUCAACCCUGAACUGUAUCCAAGCUAUGACACUGGUCUACUGGGUCCAGUGUCUCAAGUUCAAUCUCUUGAUCAGAUAGAAUGCUUCAACCCUGAACUGUAUCCAAACUAUGGCAUUAGUGUACUGGGUCCGGUGUCUCAAGUUCAAUCUCCUCAUCAUGAUCAGUUUUCUCAUCAUCCUGUGAUGCCAAUGCCGAUGGUAUACCACCCAGAAAUAAACCCAAGUAACCAUCCAGGUAAAUUCUUCUUCAAUGGAGGUCAGGCGAUGAUGAAUGGAGUUAAUAGUGGAUGCAACAUUCCAAUGGCGAGCCAAUUUUGCCAUUAUAAUCAUUCCGGCAUUGGACCAGGGGAAAUGGAAAUCAAUGGAAGCAACAACAACGAUAUGGACAUGCUGAUGUUGAACAAUUUUGAUGGUGGCAACAGCUUCCCAAUGGUGAGGCCAUUUUAUAAUGCUCAUCAUGUUCCUGGCUUUGCGGGAAGUAUGGGAAUCUAUAGCAACAGCUACUUCAGCAGCAGCCUAAGUCACUUGGAGUCUAUGGAGUGUUCAUGUUGCUUUCUUAACCCCCAGCCAUUGCCAGAAGCUUCCAUGCCAAUCAUUCCAACUGCAGCUUUGGAAUUUUCACCUGAAGAUUUGCAGACAGUCAUGGCUGAAAGCCAAAGAGGGCUAGGAUGUUUUGAUUUCUGUUAACUAUUGUUUUUGUUUUUGCAAUUUGUGUUGUUAUAACAUCAUACAAGAGUUUUUAGGAUUGUCUUGUCUUGUAAGUUGCAUACAAUUAUAGGUUUCAUUUACUGUGAUCAUGAAAACUAUUGUUUUCAAGUCAUCAGAGUUUCUUUUACAGUAAUUUGUACAAAGAACUUGUUUUGUUUUAUAAAGUUUCUUUCUAUGAUGAUA